CAGGGCUCUUAACCGCAUCAUACGUCGUCACUGAUGACGUCUGAGGGUUUUAACGAUUACUGUAUCAAGAUGGCGCUGCGGCCGGGAUCCGGAGGAGGCAGCAGUUUUAUGUAUCCUGUUGGAGGAGGCCUGGGGACACCUCAAGGUAUGGUGUCCCUGCAGCAGCAGCAGCAACAACAGCAACAGCAGCAGGGUUUUCCAAUGGUCCAGGUCAUGCAACCUAACAUUCAGGGCAUGAUGGGAAUGAACUUUGGUGGACAGAUGGCUCCAGGAGCAAUGCCCAUGCAGGGCGGAAUGGCAAUUGGGAUGCAGACACCUGGAAUGCAGUUCUUGGGUCAGCCACAGUUUAUGGGUAUGAGGCCUGCGGGACCUCAGCAGUACACAGCAGACAUGCAGAAACAAAUGGUGGAGGAGCACCAAAAGCGUCUGGAACAGCAGCAAAAGAUGCUGGAGGAAGACAGAAGAAGACGACAGUUUGAGGAACAGAAGCAGAAGUUGAGGCUUCUCAGCAGCGUCAAACCCAAGACUGGGGAGAAGAGCCGAGAUGAUGCCUUGGAAGCCAUCAAAGGCAACCUUGACGGCUUUAGCAGAGAUGCAAAGAUGCACCCAACUCCAUCAUCACAGACCAAAAAAACAGAGUCAUCACCAUCACAUUCGUCUGUCACCACUCACUCCCACCCUGCAGCUUUAUUUGGGGAUAAUGAUGAAUUUAGUGACUUUCAGGGGCCCGUAGAUGCCUCAGCCUCAAUUCCUUUGCCUUCCUCCUCCUCCUCCUCAACCACCAACACUUUUGGCCUCUCUUCUCAGACACAUGUCCAUCCAUCAUCCCAUGGUUCCGUACAGGACGAUGAUGAGUUCAGUGACUUUGUUCAGGGUCCUGUAAAUAAUAUCCCUUCCUCCGACUUCCAGCAUUCCUCUCAAGGGGAAUUCAAAGCUUUAUUUCCCUCCUCACAUUCCCUUCCUCAGUCCCUCCCCACCUCUGUGUCCAUUACAAAUGCCUCCCAACAUUGUGCUGUCAACUCAAGCUCUUCAUCUACAUUUCAAGGCCCAUCCCUGGAAGAGAAGCUUUUGUCCUCGUGUGACUUUACAGCUGGUAUGACGGCGCAGGUUAGCUUUAAACCCAGGCAGAGUUUGGAAGAAAUGGGGCCACAAACAAAAGUUUCUACUCAGUUUCAAACCAGCACUAAAGCCAGGAACUGGAAAGCAGCCAAUGAAGACUUGAGUUCACUCUUCAUCCCAGAAAAAACACCGGUGGUCCCAGUUUCUGCACCCACUGAGCACCUGUCAGCUGUUGACACCUCAUCCUCCCUCCAAACCAGUAGUGAAAGUGCAGGUGUUGGUGGGUACCCACAACAAGAGCACAUCCAGCCUAUGCUCCCUGCGUGGGUCUACAAUGACAGCCUUGUCCCAGAAAUGUUCAAGAAAGUGUUUGAGAUCACCAUGACUCAAACAGGGAUCGACACAGCAAAGCUCUACCCCAUAUUGAUGUCAUCAGGGCUUCCAAGGGAAGCACUGGGGCAAAUCUGGGCCUCAGCCAACCGCACAACCCCGGGCAUGCUCACAAAAGAGGAACUGUACACUGUACUUUCACUCAUUGGGGUGGCACAGAGUGGCCUCCCAGCAAUGAAUGUAGAAAUCCUCAGUCAGUUCCCCUCUCCACCCCUGCCCAACCUGCCAGCCUUGGCUAUGACCAUGGCCCCAGUUAUCCCGCCUCACUCACAGCCCAUGAUGAGCCAGCCUACUGUCUCCAUGUCCAUGCCGUCAUCAACAACCCCUGUUAUGGUCAUGACACCUGCAGUCAUAGCUCAGCACCCCACAAGCACAAACUUCAUCGCCAGCUUUCCGCCAACAAUGGCCACCAAAGCUGAUGACGAUGACUUCCAGGAAUUCCAGGAGGCUCCAAAAGGCGGAUUAAAAGACCAGCCCUUUGCUGAUUUCCAGGGGGCAUCAGGAGGAAGUUUUUCCACCACCAUAGCACCGCAGCAACAAAGCAGUGCAUCUACCAUGCUGACACCAAUGUGUGGUUCCUCCUCCUCUGCCUCUACAACCUCCUCAGAUAAAUAUGCCGCCUUUAAGCAACUGUCUGUGGAUCAGCCGGCCGAGCCCACUACCCAUGUCUCAGAUGUUGGCGACAGAUACAGUGUUUUCAGAGACCUCCAAAAACCUACUGACAAGAAACCUGUUGGGGAAGGAUUUGCAGAUUUCAAGUGUGUCAGUGCUGACGAUGGCUUUACAGACUUUAAAACCGCCGACAGCGUCUCUCCACUAGACCCUUCAGAACAGGCCAAAACCUUCCAGCCCUCCUCCUUUCCUUCGAUUUUCACAAACUCCCAGUCUCAACAACAGCUACAACAGCAGCAACCAGUCUCUCUUUCUCCAAGCAAAAACUUGUUGAACAUAGCUGACCUGGAGCUUUUUUCUUCUACAGCUCCUUCUGUUCCCGCUCCUGCUGAGAUAAAACCUAGCACAUUUAUGCCUGUGUCUGUCCCACCCUCUCUUGUCCUCCUGUCAGGAGGUGCUAAACCUUCAGGUGGUGGAACAGAUGAAUUUGGUGACUUUGCCCUCUUUAGCACCUCCUCAGACACUGACCAUGCUUUGGCAGCAGGUGGAACUGCAGCUCCGGGGCCUCAGGAUGAUUUUGCAGACUUCUUGGCCUUUGGUAGUUCCAGUGGUGAGCCCAAAAGCAACACUGGUGAAGGAAUUGUGUUACAGGUGGAGCCUCUGACAAAGCAGCAGCAGUCUCAUCAGAACUCUGAUAAAUAUGAUGUAUUUAAACAACUGUCCAUGGAGGGAGGCCUCACAAAUGAUGACACCAAGGAAAGCAGUGGUGGCUCCAUCUCUUCUGCUAAAAGCGACACCGAUGACUUUGCUGACUUUCAGUCCUCCCAAUUCUGUACAGCACUCGGGGCUUCAGAGAAGACCCUGGAUAAGGUCUCGGCCUUUAAGCAUGGCAAAGAGGACUCCAGCUCUGUGAAAUCCCUGGACUUGCCAUCCAUCGGAGGAAGCAGUGUGGGAAAGGACGAUUCUGAGGAUGCGUUGUCAGUGCAGCUGGACAUGAAGCUUUCAGAUAUGGGCAGCGAUCUGAAGCAUGUGAUGUCGGACAGCUCUCUGGAUUUGCCUGGUCUGUCAGUUCACCAACCCCCGGCCACAGAAGGAGGCGACCUGAAAUUUGACCCCUUUAGGACAUCAGCCCUCAGCACCCUGACCAGCUAUGACUGGUCAGACCAGGAGGAAUGUCUGCCAUGCGAUCUUAGAAAGCCACAAAGCUUGGACAGAGCUCCGCUUUCUUCUUCAGCUCCCACUCAGAGAAAGGGGCUGUCCACCGAGAGCAGUGAAAACAUCCCAGCUAACACUAAAGAAAACUUUGUAGCCUCUUUCCCCACCGAACUCAACUCGUCCACAGAUGAUACGGUGGAGCCCUACGCUCAGUUUACCUCUGGUGAACGUGGUGGAGUUGUCGCUGUAGACGAUGAUUUUGGAGAUUUUGCAAGUACCGUCUCUGAAAAAUCCUUGCCUCCUACUAAAACCGAAACAGGAGAAGAUGACUCGGAUGAGUUUGGAGCCUUCCAGGGUGACAAGCCCAAAUUUGGAAAAUUUGACUUUCUCAAAGCCAGUGCUCAGACCAAAGUAAAGUCCAGCGAGGAGAUGAUCAAGAGUGAACUGGCGACCUUUGACUUGUCUGUUAAAGGUUCCCACAAGCGCAGUCACAGUUUGGGUGAAAAGGAGAUUGGUCCAUCACCACCAUCUCCAGCACCAGAGCAGCUCUUCAGAGACAGAUCCAACACCCUGAAUGAGAAGCCUGCUCUGCCUGUCAUCAGAGACAAGUACAAGGACCUGACUGGAGAGGUUGAGGAGAGUGAGCGAUAUGCGUACGAGUGGCAGCGUUGUCUGGAAGGUGCUUUGGAGGUCAUCAGUAAAGCUAACAACAUCCUGAACAGCAUCAGCAGCUCCUCUGUCUGCACUGAAGUCAUCCAGUCGGCUCAGGGCAUGGAAUACCUGCUGGGUGUGGUUGAAGUCUAUCGUGUGACUCGCCGCGUGGAGCUGGCGAUCAAAGCGACAGCAGUGAGUUCUGAAAAGUUACAGCAGCUGCUGACGGACAUCAGCCGUAUAUGGAACAACCUCAUGGGCUUCAUGUCGCUGGCCAAGCUCGCUCCUGAUGAAAGUUCUCUAGAUUUCUCCUCCUGUGUUCUGAGGCAUGGCAUCAAGAAUGCAAAAGAGUUGGCCUGUGGAGUCUGUCUGCUCAAUGUUGAUGGUCGUAGCAAGAACAAAGAGAGAACUAUUGGACGUCUUUUUAAAAGAGUAUGACUCAUUUUAUUUUUUUAAUUCAACCUUUACCUUUUCAUACUUGGGGUCUUAGGGUGAUGGGUUCAAUACCUUUAGUAUUAAGGCCUACAUGACAAGAAUUAUAUUUUUUUCAAGGCACUUUUAUAGCCAAUCAGCUCAUUUAGGCUGAGGCUACAUCCACAUGACUCAAAACAAAACAAAAAAAAAACAAAACCCUUUUUCUCUUAUCCUGUUGUCUGCUGAAAACAGAAAUGUCAAGUUUUGAUAAUUAUUUUGAAAAUUGCCCAUAUUAAGCUUUUUCUAACUUUUGAUCUGUUCAUGAAAGUCAUGCAUGAGAAUCCUUGCCCAGUAAUCCCCUAACAAUUAGGGCUGGAACAAAGAGAAAAAUGGAAUGGAAUGAAAAGUGGAUUUAGCCAAAAAGCAUUAGCGCUAACAGAUAAACAGUACCAAACUGACAGAUUGCUAUUUCACUCCUUUCUCAAGUCAAAUGUUAUCAGAAUUUAUACCUGCAUUAAAAAUGAAGCCAACAUUAGCUGUUAGGUUAACUGUACCAUAGAGAUGUAAUGAUACAUUAUGAAUUGAUGCCAAUGGAUUUGCAUCAAUGUAAUUCAUUGGAAGGUGUAGCAGCCUAGAUAAGAUUGCGUGCUAGCUGACACUGUGGCUGGCUAUGGCCGCUGCUCUACUAAGGCCAGAAGUCCAACGCAAUACUCAUGAAGUCAACACACUGGUAAAAAAGUGAUAAAAUUGUCUUGAACGAAGAAAACAAAUCAUAUUGCAAAUCAUGUUGUUAAUCAAAUGUAUCAUUACAUCUCUAUUGUACUGUUAUAAGUUUCUCACAUUGGGUGUAUUUAACAUUACAUAAGCCUUUUGCAGCUGAAUAGUAGUACAUGGAACCUCCUGACAAUGGCCUGACCUUAAAGGCAUUUACAUUUGGAUGUUGGACAGUGAAAGGUUAGGAUUAGCAAGCUGUCAGUGUUUUGUUUUUUUUUUGGUAGGCCAAAAACAUUGUCACCUCAGGUGGUGGUGUCCCACAGAGGUUGUCUCUUUGUCUCACAGGGGUCUAAAGUUCUCGUCUUUCACCUUCCUCUCUAAAGCCCAAACUAACAAGUAGUUGUAUGUCUCUGGUCUUUGGUCUCUGAUGACUGUGGGUGUCUGCUGAUCAUUAGCUAGUCAGGGGCAUCUUUUUUAGUCUACAUGCUGAUUUGGCUCUGGGCCCAAACAUUUAAUGUAACAUCAUUUACUUUUAAAAUGCAGCUUGUGAUUGGAAUUUGGAAGAAGAAAUAAAGUAUGUAUGAAUAUGUGAAUGGCAGAAACCAUAGAGUGAAAAGCAAGACAACAAAAGUGCUCCACACUGUGGCCACACUACAGACCGUUACUGACUUCCAGCACCUAUGAUUAAGGCAGCGAACAACUGUGCAAAGAUAUUUAGACCUUUAGCUGACUACCUGUUGUCAAUAGCUGGAACAGUGGGUGAGAAGAUAGAGCUAGGGGGGGACACGUAGCUUUGUCCACACAACCCCUGUGAAAAAAAAGGAUCUAUAAACCAGGCAGUGAGUAGAAUCUUCUCAUUCACCGUCAUAUGAGAGAUGACUAUACACUGCUCCGUCAGGUGAUGACGUGUUUGGUUUUUAUGGUCCGUUGUGGCUGAAUUUGUGUUUCUUCUUCCUGUGAGACCGUUGCUUUCUGCUCCUCUCUCCUCCUCUCUCCUCUCCUGCUGUGUGGGAGGUGAUGAAUCACUGCACAUGACUCAUCCCCUCUGCUGCUCCUGCAUCACAAUUUCACCAGUGAUGCAAAUUCUUCAACAGCACCUCACUCACAGAGAAGCAUUUUCUUAUUCUGCCCACACACACACACACACACACUUGUCUCAGUUUUGUGUAGGUCACACUUAUCCUAUCUAUCAUUGAUGUUUACGGUCCUGUAGUUGAGGUGUGAAACUCAGUGUGUGACCCAGUGAGUAGAUCCUAAAGGAGGUGCUGGUAGAUCGUAAACAAUUAAAACAGGAGAAAAUUAAAAACUAUUUAAAUAUAAUUAUAUAGGAUGGCUCGAUAGAACUUUGGAAUGUCCGAUACCUAUACUAUAACUUGGAGAAUAGUGUCACUAGUCAUGUUGCACAAAGUAAAGUAAAGUAGGUAUCGGAUCGGAGGCACUAUAGUUGGGUUUUGUUUUUCAAUUCUAAAAUUUUUACCAAUAUUGGAAAAAUACAGAUCCUGAGUAGUGUGUAGUGCUAAUAAUAUACUAUAAUAUUUAAAUUAUACUGUGCAUGUAGUUUGUAGUACAUAUAUACAGUGGAACCUUCGUUUUUUAACCUUAUUUGUUCCUGAAGGCCGUUCGUAAAACGACAUUUUCAAACUAGUACUUUAGUACUUUAGCCUGGUCGGUUAGACAGUAGCCCCCAAGCCAAUAAAGUGUGGACACCCCAAAUCAAAAAACACUCUACGUUUUUAGAGAUUGCUCAUAUUAGCAAGCAGAUAUCUACAGUAAAAGUCUAGAAAUAGCUCAUGUUCUAAAAUGAUGUCUCUGUAGAACUGACUGUAGUUCAGUUUCCUUUCAUAGUUUUCUCUUAGUCCCAGUUUUAGAUGCAUCAAUGUUUCUACCUGUCCCUAAAACUUCAACUCUCCCAACUC